AUGAAAAUCGCUUUUGAGAGUAAUUUGAACAGUGAAUAUAUUGCACCAGAACGCAUUGAAAUUGUUUAUAUUCAGAUUAGAGAUAUAGCUCAAGCAUUUGUUUAUUGUAACAGUUAUAAGAGUCACGCAGUGAUUCUUGUUGUUCCAGAUCCUGAUGUACUCUUAAAAUAUGCAAGUGAACACUACAUUUCAGGCAAUAUGGAAAAAUUAUGUAAGAAACAAGAAAUUAAAGAUUUAUUUUUCAAUGAUAUAAAAGUGUUGGAAAUAUCAAAUCAAUUGAAAGUUUUUGCAAUGGUACGUUAG